UGGGGGCCUACUGUACAUCAGACUCCAGACGAGAAAGAAGACUAGCGACAAACCACUGUGUGCACUUCAUUCUUGGUUAAAAAAAUCUCGCCCAACUCGAAACCAAGACUACUCACAUAUUUAAAUUCGCCUAGGUUAUCUCAUUAACUGCACAAAAUAAUCGGAACAUAAAUUCCAGUGAAUUCCCAACUAGCAUUAGCUGGCUUUCCAGAAAGCUUGCGACAGUUCUCAAAUCAUAAAUUCUUUGUCUAGAUAAGGUUUUCUUAAUAAAUUAUCUGGCUUUGUUAUUAUUUCUGUUGGUGGGUGUGUGGUGUUUGCUGGCUGGUUAGCUUGCUAACUAGCUAGCUAGCUGGCUGGCUACCUGCAUACAUUUAUUCGUAUUAAAACAUUCUUAUAAACUGCCUGCUUGGUAGCAGCACUACCCCACGCCGACCGUCCAUUCAACCACGAAUCCAAAAUGUCGGAUUUUGACGAAUUCGAGAGGCAGUUGACCGAGAACAAGCAAGGUAACAUAGAGCGGGACAAGGAGAACCGCCACCAUCGCCGCCGCACCCCGUCCCGCAGUCGCAGCCGUGAGAGGAAGAGGAGGAGCAGAGAGAGGAGGAGCCGAGAUCGACGCAGCGACAGUAAGGACCACAGGCAGAGACGCAGUAGUCACUCCCCACACCGUGAGAAGAAGAAGAAGGUGAGGAAGUACUGGGAUGUACCGCCCCCUGGCUUUGAGCACAUCACGCCCAUGCAGUACAAGGCCAUGCAGGCCGCUGGGCAGAUACCGGCUACUGCGCUACUGCCAACGAUGACCCCCGAUGGUUUGGCGGCCACGCCUACUCCAGUGCCCGUGGUGGGCAGCCAGAUGACCCGGCAGGCUCGAAGGCUCUACGUUGGCAACAUCCCCUUUGGCAUCACUGAGGAAUCCAUGAUGGACUUCUUCAAUGCGCAGAUGCGCCUGGGAGGUCUCACGCAGGCCCCUGGAAACCCCGUCCUUGCAGUGCAGAUCAACCAGGACAAAAACUUUGCCUUUCUUGAGUUUCGCUCGGUCGAUGAGACCACCCAGGCGAUGGCCUUCGAUGGGAUCAUCUUCCAGGGACAGAGCCUGAAGAUCCGCCGUCCGCACGACUACCAGCCCCUGCCCGGCAUGAGCGAGAACCCCAGCGUCUAUGUACCAGCUCUCGAGAAAGGUGUGGUGUCCACAGUGGUGCCAGACUCGGCUCACAAGCUCUUCAUCGGUGGCCUACCUAAUUAUCUUAACGAUGACCAGGUCCUAAAAAUGAAUGGGAGUGAAUUGGGAUCCAGACAACCGGGAGGAAUGGCCGUUAACGGUCAUCAGGAACAGCUGAUGUUACUAGUAUUCACUCUGUACAAGUACUAUGGGGUAAAAGAGCUGCUCACAUCCUUUGGUCCUCUGAAAGCAUUUAACCUUGUGAAAGACAGCGCCACAGGGCUCUCGAAAGGCUACGCCUUCUGUGAAUAUGUCGACGUCAAUUUGAACGAUCAGGCCAUUGCCGGGCUCAACGGAAUGCAGCUGGGUGACAAGAAGCUCCUGGUGCAGAGGGCCAGCGUGGGAGCGAAGAACGCUGCUCUGACCAGUAUAAACCAGACGCCGGUGACGCUGCAGGUGCCGGGGCUGAUGAACAGCUCUGUGGUGCAGAUGGGCGGCCUGCCCACCGAGGUGCUCUGCCUCAUGAACAUGGUGGCACCCGAGGAGCUGCUGGACGACGAGGAGUACGAGGAGAUCGUGGAGGACGUGCGGGAGGAGUGCAGCAAGUACGGACAGGUGAAGAGCAUCGAGAUCCCCCGUCCCGUCGACGGCCUGGAGGUCCCCGGCACCGGCAAGAUCUUUGUGGAGUUCAUGUCGGUGUUUGACUCCCAGAAGGCCAUGCAGGGGCUGACAGGCAGGAAGUUUGCCAACAGGGUCGUGGUCACCAAGUACUGCGACCCCGACGCGUACCACCGCCGGGACUUCUGGUAGAUUCAGAGCGGAGGGAGGAGGGUGGGGUUUGAGCUGACGGGCAGGAACGCAAGAGAAGAGAACUUGUGGAGAUGGUCUCUGGAAAGAGGUGGAGGGGAGAGAGACAGGAGAAAGAGCUUGAAGGGUAGUUUUUUGUAUUUGUAAAAAUAGAUGUGGAGGAGCGGUGGAGAAGGAAGAUUUCUUAUACUAAGAUGGAGGCCAUUUGAGUUCAGAGAGAGAGAGGGGGAGAUUUCUGUACUUUGUUAAGUUAAGGUGUGGUGUGUGUGGGGGGAGGUGUCAUCUAAAGCCUGGCAAGGAAGGGAGUGUUUUUGUACUUGGAAAGGUAUGAGGAACAGGGAUUCAUGUGUAGAUGUAUGUAGGCCACAAGUUAGGCAUAGACACUGAUAGAACUGUUAACGGAAAAACGAAAAAUGUAAUUGGAAUACAUUAAAUUAUGUAAAGGACCCUGAGUAGGGGAUUGACGGCAAAUCUCACCAGUUUGUCCAUGAGAGAGGAGUGCAAAUGAUCGGUGGACUGUCAAAAGCAUAAAUGGAAUAUUUGGCCACGUAACUGCCUGGGGGAGUUAUUUUGUAGCUGUUUACAUCUCCCUGUAUUCCGUCUAUCCUUCUUCCAAAGCCUUGCCUUAACAAAUCAUUCUCUCAGUCUUUCCCUCUCCCAAUUGAUUAUACUCAAGUACUCACACUCAUUAAAUAAGGUCCUUGUUCAAAUACAGUAGCCUUAAUUUUGUCUUGGACUUUUGUUGGUUGCUGUUUUUGCAAAGCAUUGCUUAAUGGACUUAUUGUAGUGCCGCCCAUGGUUUCUGUGUGCAUAUCUCUCUGAAUCUUACAGGCUCAUUUAAAUAGCAAAACAUUUGCUGGUGGCAGUUACGGCACGUUUCUGUGUAACUGCCUCUCCUGGUGGUGGCCAGUUUUGUUCUGUGGCUGCACAAAACAUCUUAAACUUCCGUCAUUUUCAUCAGUGAAUUCCAUCCAUCUUCCUCUACUGAAAACUGAAAAUUUUAUUUGAGGCAAAGGUUUGCUUCGGUGUAUGUCAAUGCCAUCGUUUCUGUGAGAUGGAGGAAAAGUCAUUUGACUAACAGCAAAGGUUUCUAGGUCUGUAGCUAUUUGCACAUCUCUUAUUAGUAUUUUAAAGGUCUGUUCAUCCCCACGCUCCAAAUUAACUGAUGCCUGAAGGGUGUAUUUGCCACAUAUUUCUUUUGCUUGCCCUUCUUCCUUUGAGAAGGAAGAAGGGCACUCAGAUCUCACUCAGAUCUAAAUUUAUCACCUCACCUUUUUUCAUAGAAUCUGGUCAUUUUUUGGUAAAACCACUAACAAACUACUUACCUGCAAAAUGUGAUAGUUUACAGUUCAGUCUUCUGUCUUCGUUAUGAAAUUGAUUCAGGUAUUUGAAUAUCUGAAGCAGGGCUACCCAACCCUGUUCCUGGGGAUCUGCCAUAGGUCCUGUAGGUUUUCAUUUCAACCCUAAUUUGGCACAACUGAUUCUGCUAAUUAGCAGCUGAAAACAUCUCUAGCCAUUGAAUAAAGUGAGCUUUGUUAGGGUACAGAUCUCCAGGAACAGAGUUGGGCAGGCUUGACCUGAAGGGUCUUGUCCGACUAUCAAAUUGUGCCGAAUCGGCUUUUUUUGGUUUGUUGUUCCUUUGUGUACAACGAUAAUUUAUCUGUAAUUGCUUGGUAAAGUAAGUUUUUGUGAAAAAUGCGUGAUCUAAUAAAAAAUAAUAUAAAUCAUAAAAAUCUGACCGUAGUUUGGGUUUUGGACCGUUCUGUAUGGAAUACGGGUGCAAGGAGCGCUGUAACAAACACUCAUCGCUAUCUUAUGCACCUGUUAUAUUUUUCUUUACUCCAAGGACCACAAAUUGUUAAUGUGAGGUUGUAUUUUCUUAUGAGAUUUCUUUCUUUGAUGUACAAAGACCCAAGUACAUUCAAGUCAAAUAACCUUUUUUGUAUUUUGUUUUCCCUCCUUCCACCAGUUUUAAACUUUUUCUUUUUAAAUUAUGUUGCUUUGUUGAAUACAAAUCAAAAAGGUUUUUGGAACACAUUAAGCUAGUAAAUAAAAAGAGAUGAAAAGUAACUUAAAUAUAGAUUUUUUUUUUUUUUGAAGUUGGAGAAAGUGGUAUUGAUGAACAUCUGAUUUUAAUGUUCCUGCACAUACACAUUUACUGAAUUCUGACACAGAAAGGGUGAAUAUAUAUGCUGACUUAAUGGAAUGGACAUUGCGUUACACUUGUCAAAGGAAAAGUAACUGUAGCUUGAUUGUUGAAAAAUGUGUAUCUUGAGCUUAAUUGGUGACUGAAUCAGUUUGUCCUUUAUCAGUUCUUGAUAUUGUGCGUUUAGUCUUCAAAAAACAGGAAAGGACUUUUCUCCUUUCUCCCCAUGUUGUACUUUUUUCUUUUUUUUUUAAAGUCCAAGUACUCUCAUUAAAACAGAUUUGAUGUAUAUUUUCGUUCAUGUUCCUUUGUCCUUUUUGAUCUUAUUGUAUGUAUUUUUCCUCCCAAUUACAAUGUCUUUUCUCUAAUGUCUUUUAACACUGGGUGUUUUCUCUAUAGAUGCCAAUACAGUAAGCUGUCAAUACAAAUUGUCUGUACACUGUACACUUAACAUGCUUGUAUGCACAAUCCAUUAAAACAUGGUUUUUUUGA